AUGCGUGCGCCUGAUGCGCACUCUGCACUGAUUGAUUAUCCACUUCCAAGUGCUCAUUCAGCUCGUCUGUACUCUUCCGCAAGUGCUACAUCUCUACCAGUUUCUCUCGAUUCACCAACAUCGCAUAAUAAAACUGGAGGACGUCGAAAUUAUCCACAACAGCAUACAGCAAAUACAGCUACUGAAUAUGAUUUAAAUGAUUUUGAUGAUGAAAUUAAAAAGGAAGAUGAAGAAUGGUCGUUAACAAAAGAUUCGUCUAUAGAAGUCGGUCAGAACAGUAAUAAUGCAGAUGUUGAUGAUUUAUUUUCUGAUAGUAAUUUCGAUGAACAAUUAUCACUUCAAAUCGAAAAAGAAUUGGGACUCAAUGAACAGCAAACAAAUCGGAAAAAUGCAUGGGGUAAUUUGUCUUAUGCCGAACUGAUAGCAAAAGCUAUUGAGAAUAGUCAACAGAAACGAUUAACAUUAGCACAAAUAUACACGUGGAUGGUUAAAUAUGUACCCUAUUUCCGAGAUAAAGGUGAUAGAAAAUCAUCGUCAGGAUGGAAGAAUUCUAUUCGUCACAAUUUAUCGUUGCAUAAUCGUUUUGUUCGUGUACCAAAUGAAAUAGCUGGAAAAAGUAGUUGGUGGACAGUUGAUCCGAGAGCAAAACAAGUUCGUGGUAGACGACGUAUUCAAUCAUCCGAAUGCAGUACGACUACAACAAUCACUAAACCUAAUAUCGAUCGACGACGUGUACAAACAGCCAAGUCAACAUCAUCAGUGACAACUCCUGUCACUCAAGAUUUCACAACUCCUACGAGUGGAUUCGAUGCUAUAGAUGAACUGUAUUUAUUUUCUGAUGGAGGUACAUCUCCUGUACCUUCCUCGUCCUCCGAUCAUUUACUAAAUUCAACAUUCGAUAAUCAGAAUCUCGAUCAGUUUGACACGUAUUUACUCAUGCCAUUUGAAGCAACUCACUUAGAUUUAUCAAAAACAUCGGAAAAUACUUUAUUAGAAUGUAGUAGUUCAACUAAUCGAUCACAAUGGCUCACAUCCGGUAAUAGACAAAUACGAAAAACUCUGUCUGAUUCAUCUGCAAAUGGAAAUAAUUAUAUUAGUUUAUCCACUUCUUAUUUGGACCGUGCUCUACAACAGAAUACACAACAGCAGCGUCCAUCACCACAAGUUCAAAAAUUAACAUCUGUUCGAGAUAUGAAUCGAUCAUUGUACAAUUUGUUGGAAUCAUCUUCACAAAAUGACGAUCAGAACAAUCUAUUUCAACCUUCACCAAAACAAAAAGUGGUGCAACAACAACCACCCACAAUGCCACAACAGCAACAACCAACCCAACAAAAUGGAAAAAUUCUUCAUGAAAUGUUAUCUUCAGCGUUGACACCGCCCACAUGCACAUCAGAUCCAAAUUGUUGUACAUUAAGUACAAGUAGCGGAAGUAGUAGCGGUUAUUCAGGUAAAAUAUUUAUUCACAAAAUACUUAAUCUCAAUUGUUCAACUUAUAUAAUAUCUGUCUUUUUCGUUGCAGGAAUAGACAGUAAUCGCUCAUCAUCAACAUCUUAUUUAACAAAAUCUCCAUUUAGUGAUAUGCAAUCACCUUCAUCUAGUCUCAUUGAUACACCAUCUUCACUCUCACCACCCUACGCUCAACAAUCUAAACCACCACCACCAUCUGUCAUUGAAAAAGUUCUCAAAAGUGAACCAUUAACACCGAGUGAUAUGGUAUUGACCAAUGGUCUAGAACACUUAACAUCAGAACAUUUACAAAAACUAAUGAAUAUUGAUCGAUCGAAUCCGUUAUUUCGGCGUCUUCUAGUCGCUCUACUACGACAUAAAAUGAUAAACAAUAGACAACAAUCAACUCAAGAACCUAUAAUGGAUUUACAAUCGAUUAAGAAAGAACUUGACAAUUAUUUAACAUCUCAACAUAAUUGUUUUCAAUCAACAACGCCGUUUAAAAGUGAGCCAAUGGACCAUAAUCAUCAACAACAUAAUCCGUUUCAGCAGCCAAUCAUGACACAACCACCGUCUUCGACAAACAUGACACCGCUUAUUCGACACGACUUAUUAUCACAGCAACAGCAACCAUCCUCAAUGGAAAUCGAGUUAUUACCACAACAGAACGAACUUGAUUGUGAUGUUGAAACAAUAUUAAAUUUUGAACGAAAUACAUUUGGAGAUUGUUCAUUCGACAUUACAGAUUUGCCUAAUUUGUGA